GUUUGACAAAAUAAAUAAGAUAAUAAUAAAAAAUUGUGCCACAAAAGCAACACAAUGUAAAUAAAAAUGUAAUAAACGAUGAGGAAUAAAAUUUAAAGAAAGUGGAGUGCAAAGCAUUAAAAGAUUAUAAGAAAGAAUUAAAAAUCAUAAAUGGAAUGAUUCAUUUUUGACGAUGUUUAAAUAUUUAUACAAGCUUUCUGAUGAGAAUGGAACAAAUUGGAAGACACAAAACAAAGUACACCUCACCACAUACAUCUACGUGGUCUGCUAAUCAAAUCACUGACGCUGGAGUUCCAUCUGACGCGUAUUGGAAAUAUACUCAAAGAUGCAAUCAAAAUACUACUGAUAAAAGUACCAGACGUCAUCAAAGUCCUAUGCCAGAAUCAACAGUGAGCUAUUUUUCCUCCGAAAAUGCUUACAAGACUUUUAAACAUAACGCUUAUCCAUGUUCGACACAUCCAAAACAUUCUACUGCUCUUCAUACGGAAGUACCACAGCGAUACCAACAGAUUACUACAAAAUCUAGUAGAAAUAAAGAUCAUACUAAUAACGUUGGUGUUAUAAAUAAAGAUCGAUACGAGACUCAACAAGAAGAUGAAAAUAAUACAGAAUAUAUUGACGAAGAACUAGGAGAUAUUACGGAAGAUAAUUUAGAAGAAGAUGCUGAGGAAGCAGAAAACGAUCGGUCUCUUCGAAGAAGCAAAAGAGCCGGCGAGCCUAUCAAUAAGGAAUACGAUGAGCAAGAAGCAGACGAUGAAAUUGAUGAAGAAUCUGAUACACCUGCUGAAACACAAGCAGCACAACGCAAGGCAGUUAAGAAAGAUGCAUUAUUGCGAGCACAACGAAUGCGAAUGAUUAACCAACAACAAGAUCCACAUAGAAUUCGUUAUUCUCAACAAUCACCAAAAUUGUAUCAAGCUUAUUAUCUACCAACAAGGUACUAUCACAACACACCUGAUCACGAUAUCCAUGAAACGUUGUCGGAAGAAGAUAUAUAUACAGCUCAAGUGUUGAAAAAUCCUCCACGAAGAUCAUCGAUGGGUUAUCAUCAAAAUUGGAUUCCGCAGAGAAGUGCAACCGAUCGAUAUGACACAAUGCCCUCUCUAACUCAACCGAGUCACCGAGCACGGACGAGACCAGAAGCAAAGUCUUUUACAGAAGCAGAAUUUGCUGAUAGAAGAAAGUGUAGCCGUUGCGGUAACGUCUCGACUAGGAAACCGUCAACUUCGAGAAGGGACAAUUGUAGGUUCCAGGAUAAUCCUAAUUUCUCAACCAAGGCGCGUUUUGGCGAUGAUUCUGAGAUACUCGAUCAAUCCUGGUGCGGCCAUUGUAAACCGAAACACCGUUUUGAAGGAAAUAUGAGACCUUGUGAAAUUCCAUCACCGACUUUGUAUUCGAUGACAUCACGACGUUCCAGGGAUACUAAUAUACCAAUGCAUGAAACAUUAGAGCAAAAACAUCCAAUGGAUGAGAUAUCGCACGAGUUCGCACGAAUGUCGUCCAGAUAUACUAAAGAUACAUCAAACUCUUUACGCGAUAGAACCAGACAUUCUGGGCCAACAGCACAAGCAACUAGAACAUCUGCUCGUUAUAAUACUUAAUAUUCUUUUUAAAUUUUGUCACUUUUAUAAGCUAACGUAAAAGAUCAACACAAUUAAUAAUUUACGGGUGGAAUAUACAUAAAUUGUUUUUCUAGCUAAAUUACCUUUCAAAAAUAUGACAUUUUCGAAAAAAAAAUAAAACUUGUUUUGUGUCUAUUCAAAUUUAACAUUUUCUAAAACUUUUGGAAUAACUCAAAAAUAACUCGUUGCGUUUUAUAAUAUGGACAGACGUCUGUCUAAAAAUAAUGGAUUAUUUUAUUAUAUUUUAUGAGAACAACGGUAUUUACGAACAAAUUUUUAAAAUGAAUAUAUUGCUACUUUUAAAUUAUUUUUUACGAAUUAUAGCAUUGUAUUUUGUAAAUGAUGAGAAAUUCGAUAAAAUUAUCGAGAGUUAAGAGAGAGAGAGAUAUAAUAAAACAAUGAAAAAUGACAUCGUACUUUGUAACAAUCACAAAUGCUACAAUACUUCUAUUCACAGUUAGUUCUCUUUUACCACUUGUCCAACAUAUAUUUUUGUAACUGUCUUUCAAAUCAUGUAGAUGUAUUCUAUGUAGUGUAAUAAAAAAGUUGUGCCACGAGAGCAUGAAAAAUUAGUUUCACAUUGUAAAUACAAACUGAAUAAAACCGAUAGAGUUGAUGAAA